GACCAGGGCUCAGUUUCACUGAAGAUCCUUAAGUGAGCCUUUUCGUUUCCCGCCUGCCAACAACAUGCCCAAGUGUCCUAAGUGCCAGAAGGAAGUGUAUUUUGCUGAACGAGUAACAUCCUUGGGGAAGGACUGGCAUCGCCCUUGCCUGAAAUGUGAAAAAUGUGGAAAGACACUGACAUCAGGAGGUCAUGCAGAGCAUGAAGGGAAGCCCUAUUGUAACCAUCCCUGCUAUGCAGCCAUGUUUGGGCCCAAAGGUUUUGGAAGAGGAGGUGCUGAGAGUCAUACCUUCAAGUAAACCCAGGUUUUGGGAAGCCUUCUCUUCAUCUGUGUUGCUUCCCUUGAAUUUAUAGGCAAAUGUCAGCUGGACUUGACCCUUUGUAAUCUGUCAUGUCCCCAAUAAACCCUAAAUACACUGA